AUGAAGUUCUUAUCGACGACUCUUCUCCUCGCGGCUCCCCUGCUCGCCUCAGCCGCUUCUAUCCCAAGCCUUCUUGAACCAUGGCAAAUCCCGCUCCGGACUGAGGAAGAUAAAACACAGGUCCCAGGACAGAAUCCGCUGGUGUACUGCAAAGACCCAUCCUCCUACGUUCUGACAAUCGAUUCCGUGGAUUUAACGCCCAACCCCCCUAAAGCUGGCACCAAACUCACUAUCAAGGCCAGCGGUACCCUCAAGGAGCCGCUCGUGAAGGGCGCCUACGUCAACAUCGUCGUCAAAUAUGGUAUCAUUACCUUGAUCUCGCAGACCGCCGAUCUCUGUGAUCAGCUUGACAAUGUGGACUUGAAAUGUCCCCUGUCUGGUACUAUGAGUAUGACGAAGGAGGUUGACUUGCCCGCGCAAAUCCCCCCGGGCAAAUACUCCGUUUUCGCCGACGUCUACAACCUAGGUGAACCCAAAGCUGAGCACCAAGUCACCUGCUUAGAGGCACACAAUAUCGAGUUCAACCUGUAA